AUGGCCAAUGGGGUUGGGUUGGGGUCGGGAGCAGAGCCGGAUGGGCGCCUCAUAAGCGUCCAAAACAAAGAAGGGUAAGGCACGCUGCUCCCGCGGCCGGUGAUCUGGCUGGGUUGGUUGGUGGCGCCGCAGCUGCUGCCGCACCCAUCGACAUCGUCACGUGCAGCGCACUGCACAUACACCACUCCCUACUCCACUCCCCAUUUCCCCAGCCAGUAUCAGGCAGAUCGGAGGAGCAACACCAGACCACCAAGCCGAAGCCGUCGCCGUCACCAUGGCCUCCCACCGCCACUUCCUCCGCCUCCUCGAUGACCCCUUCUUCCCCUUCCCACCACCGCCACCCACUUCCCCCUCCUGCCCCUUCCUCCCCUCCCCAUCCCCAUCCUGCCCAUUCCUCGACUUCAACACCCACUCAUUUUCCGCUUCCGCUUCCCCUUUCCACGACCUCGACCUCUUCCUCCCCGCACCACCCCUCGACCCCUUCCCCGCCCCCUCCCCCUACCCCUUCCUCCUCCGCGACCUCACCGAUCGCGUCGCGGCCCUUGAGAUCGCCGUCGCCGCCCGCCGCCCCGCCGACCCCGAGCCCACCAGCAGGAAGUAUACUUAUGUGACGGAGUCCGCCGGCCGCAGGGUCAAGUGGACCGCCGUCGAGAAGCCACGCGAGGGGGAGCGGGCGCUCAAGUGGGAGGCCGACAUCAAGUCCCCCCACGACGAUGGAUUCGACCGCAAGUGGAACUGGGAGGCCAAGGGCGCCACCGCCCGAUCCUCGGCCUCGGCCAGGAAGCUCAAGUGGGGCGCCUCGGUCAAGGGCAAGGGGUGCCUCGAGCCCUGGUCGCAGGCUUACACCUGGGAGGAGGACUUCGCCGCCAGCGACAGCGACCAAGAGGAGGAGCACAUCCGCAAGGCGGACAAGAAGAAGACCAGGGUGACUGAGAAGAAGAAAGAAGACCAAGUCGUCAAGAAGGAGAAGAAAUGCCCCGUCGCCUCUAUCAAGAUCCAGGAGAUCUCCGACAACGAUGCUGGAUGCGUCGCCAUCAGAAAGGCUUUUGCUAAGGGCAAUGGCAAGGGAAAGAGGAAGGAACUGUCCCCACAGGAUGCUGCAUUGCUGAUCCAGAUGAACUACAGGGCUCACCUUGCUCACCGCACGCAAGUGCUUUGCUGCCUGCGUGAUCUGGCUGUGGCAAAAGCCAAGCUGAAGGAAAUCAGGUCCCUGUUCUAUAACAUUUCUUACAGGCACCGCCUUGCGCAUGACCACGAAGAGCGCCAAAGGUUCUCCGAGAAAAUCAUUGUCCUGCUCCUCACCGUGGAUGCACUUGAGGGACCUGACUACAUGGUGAGGACGGCAAAGAAAUCUAUGCUGGAGGAGCUUGAGGCAAUGCUGGAGGUUGUGGACCCCCAUCCACCAGGUAAGCAGAGGUCACUGAGUCGCAGGAAGUUUGAUCUUCCGGAGGGUGGAGCCGUCUCCGACGAGAAGACGGCUGGGGUGAACAAUGCUGUCAGGAUCAUCGAGGAGGGCAAGUGACGACUGAGAGGCACCACCACCCUGUUAGUGGAUAUCAAUCUAUCAUGCCUGAAUCCUGAUAAAGCCUGCAGCAGCAGCAGCAUAUCUAUCAUCUAGUAGAAUUCGAGACUUUAGAGAACUCUGCGUGAUGUCGCUUUCCAUUAUCCUCGACGGAACUGGUGCACUUAUUAAGUGUACCUCUAGUUUUAUCCAUCCUUUGCUGUGGACUUGUUGUAUGUUCCUAAACAAUCAAUUUGUGCUUUAGGGUAUGUGACGUCCUGCCUGGAUCAGCCAAGUUCAUGAA